AUGGCAUCCAUUCAGUCCAAGAAGGAGGCUUUUAAAAGCAAAAAAGUUCCCAAGAAUGGUAAACGCUUAACACAAAGCUCAUCCAUCAAUUCUCACAGGGCAUCAGUCCAGCAAGCUGCUACUCCAUGGGCUCACUACUGGAGAAAGAAUUUGCCCCCUGGGCCAAGACCUCUUCCUCUGCUCGGGAACCUGAACGUGGUGGACCUGAGAAAGCCAUUCCAGUCGCUGACAGAGCUCUCCAAGAUAUAUGGCAACGUCUUCACAGUGCAUUUUGGACCCAGGAAGGUCGUGGUACUGGCUGGAUAUGAAACCAUCAAGGACGCCCUUUUAAAUCAUGCUGAAGAGUUUGGAGAAAGGGCAGAAAUACCCAUAUUUAGGAAAAUGACACAAGGAAAUGGCAUAGCAUUCAGCCAUGGAGAGCUAUGGAAAACCAUGAGAAGAUUUACCUUGUCCACACUGCGAGAUUUCGGAAUGGGAAAGAGAACCCUGGAGGUCCAAAUCCUGGAGGAAGUAAAUUCCCUGAUCAAAUAUUUUGAGUCCUAUCAUGGGAAACCAUUUGAUACAAAAAUGAUACUCAACAAUGCUGUAUCCAAUGUCAUCUGCUCUAUAUUGUUUGGAAAGAGAUUUGAAUAUGAUGAUCCAGUAUUUCUAAGUUUGCUGAAGCUGAUAAAUCAAAAUACUAAGCUGCUGGGCUCCCCUAUGGUGCAGUUAUAUAACUUCUACCCAUCCUUUGGAUUUCUGUCUGGAGCUUCCAAGACUGUGCUACAAAAUAUCAGUGAACUGAAUGCUUUUCUCCAGAAGCUCUUCCAGGAGCACAAAGAGGAGCUUAAUGAAAAUGACUUAACAGGCUUUGUUGAUGCCUUCCUGGUGAAGCAAAAAAAGGAGUCAAAGAAACCACACACCGCAUUCAGCAAUGGAAACCUGAUGUUUUCAACUCUGGACCUCUUUGCUGCUGGGACUGAGACUACAUCCACAACUGUGCGCUGGGGGCUGCUUCUGAUGAUGAAAUACCCAGAAAUUCAGAGAAAGAUUCAGGAAGAAAUGAGCCAUGUCAUUGAACCAGGAGAGCUGCCUAAAUUGGAGGACCGGAAAAAAAUGCCUUAUACAGAAGCAGUAAUACAUGAAAUACAAAGGUUUGCCAAUAUUGUCCCCAUGGGCGUAUCACGAUCGACUCCCAGCGAUGUGAAUUUCCGAGGCUAUGUGAUUCCUAAGGGUACUGAGAUUAUUCCACUGCUGACCUCUGCUCUGAAUGAUGAGUUACACUGGAAAACCCCAGAUCAGUUCAACCCUUCCCAUUUCCUGGAUGCCAAUGGGAACUUCAUUAGGAGAGAAGCAUUUAUCCCAUUCUCCAUAGGACGAAGGGCUUGCCUUGGUGAAGGACUGGCCAAAAUGGAGCUGUUCCUCUUCUUUUCGGGCUUGCUCCGCAAAUUUGUUUUCCAGCCUCCUCCAGGAGUGGAUAAGUCAGACCUGGAUCUCACUGCUGAUGUUGGCUUUACCCUGACUCCCAUGCCUCACCUGGUCUGUGCUGUGCCCUGUGAAUGA